AUGACGGGAAGACUUGUGAUGGUCACGGGCGGUAAUCGCGGCAUCGGCCUCGAGAUCUGCCGCAAACUGGUGAAGUCCGGAGACAAGGUCCUCAUGACCAGCAGGAACGCACAAGCAGGCGCCGCGGCAGCGGAAGCGAUCGAGAAGGACACCGGCGUGAAUGGCGGCUGCGAGGUGCUGCAGCUGGACGCGGGCGACGCCCAAAGCGUCCAGCGUCUCGUGGACGUCGUCAAAGACAAAUACGACGGCAAGCUGGAGGGGCUGAUUCACAAUGCUGGCGUGCUCUUGAACCCUUGGGAUGCAGACGCAUUCAGCCAGGCCAAGACUGUGAACUACGAGACUCCUGUGGCCAUGACUGUGGCGUUGGCCCCCCACGUCGCACCAGGGUGCAGAGUCGUGAUGGUGUCUUCUGGAUGGGGCCAAUUGAAUGAGAUCCCAUCCAGCAGCAGCUACAUGGCGACCUUGACGACGGCCCAGACGCUGGAGGACCUCAACUCUCUGCAGUUCCAAGCAGACGACCCCCUCAAGCACGUUUCAUCGCCUGCCACGUACAAGCUCACCAAGGCCAUGCUGAAUCGAGCCACGUACAUCUUGUCUGGGAGCAAGCUGCUGGCGGCGAAGGACAUCACGAUCAAUGCAUGCUGCCCGGGCUGGUGCAGGACCGACAUGGGUGGCGGCAACGCCACCAGGUCUCCGGCCCAGGGCGCCGACAGCGCCCUGUGGAUCUUGAACCACCCGGCCCCAGGUCCCAACGGAAGAUUCUUCAGGGACGGCAGAGAGCUUGUGUGGUGA